AUGCUUCAAUUCGAUGCUACUUUGCUCCCAAGCCUUAUUUUCUAUCCCAUGCCUGGCACAGGGUUGCCCUCCUUCCCGCAAAUUACUAUUGUGUCUUUUGGGGUAGAAAACGCCCAUGGAACUCCUCGAUUCGAUAGGCUCUGUGAGAAGUUUACCAAUGCUCGUCCUGGUGAGGAUAGGCCUAUCCAUAAGUCUUUGGAGGUAGCUGGACAACACUGCUCUUCAAAGGUAUGGUCCAUACGUCCAGGAUGCUACGAAUGGUGGUGCACCACAGAGAUAUGCCGUGAGGCUCAGAUCUUGAUUUUCAAAUACGAUGUCACCUCCUGUCGAGGGUUCAACGCAAUUUCAGAAUGGUACAACAUCCUUCUCCAUGAAAUCUACUGGUGGGAGCGUUGGCCCCGGGACUUUCACUUGCUUCCCACGCUUGCCGCUACUGCGACUUCUACCGGCUACCUCUCCCAAACAGCUAGUGGAACGACUACCACACCAAGUAUCACCACCAAUUUAACGGGGUCACCAAAACCAAUGGAUAUUGGAUGCACUCCAGAGACUACUGACAAAUGUGUGCUGGCCCUCCAAUGUGGCUUCCCGCGCCGCACUGGUUGCCUAGACGGUAAAUGCGUUUGUAUUUUGCCUCCACCACCGCCGCCGAGCCCCCCGCACCCGAUAAAUAAAGGACCCACCACUCUUGUAACUACAACGAAGAAAGUCACACCAGUUGCGACGGAGAAACCCAAGGUACCUCUGAAAGUCAGCCAGCGGCAAUCCCACGACAAAGAUGUCUAUCAGGGUCGCGGCGAUAUAACUGGCAAGUGGGUAGAACAUCAAGCUGUACGUCUCUGCGACAAGAGCCGUGAAAUACGCCCUGGCGAAAGCAUCACCGACAGAAAAAAGAGCGGUAUACCAUAUUUUACGGAGGUUCCAUACUUCAUGUCAAUCCACUGGAAAAAGGGUUGUGAAAUGGCCGUUAACAUUGUGAACCCGGCCGAACCCGUUCAGGGCACCAAAUGUGUUAACCUGCUUUACGAGAACUGGGAAUGUUGUAAGUGUCUCUGCUGCUUUGAUAUGAGUUCGUUCACCCCUAGACACCCUGGGCAACGGAUCCUGAGGGGACCGAAAUGA